GAACGUGGCGAGACCCUCCCUCCGUCCCUCUUCGCGGUGGAACAUGUUGAGACGCGAAUUCUCGGACGCGUGUGUCAAGAUUGCGACGCUACGCAAGUUACGGGGCCAGUUCCCCUCGACGCCCCCGGGCACCAUGUACCGACGCAUCCGCUCGUGGGUCCUGGACGACGACGAGGAAAUCCGCUUCCGGGAUGUCCCCGUCUUGAAGAAGGUGGAAAACGUGCGGUUGCUGGAUAGGUUCAGCAGCAGGAAGUCGACCGGGACGCUGUACCUCACGGCCACGCACCUCAUCUUCGUGGAUCCCGACGCCAAGAAGGAGACAUGGAUCCUGCACAUGCACAUCUCGAGUCUGGAGAAGCUGCCGCUGUCCACGCAGGGCUCGCCGCUCCAGGUGCGCUGCAAGACGUUCCUCACGGUCACCUUCGUCAUUCCCCGGGAGCGCGACUGCCACGACAUCUACACCUCUCUGCUCCAGCUGUCGCAACCAGUGCACUUGGAGGACCUCUACUGCUUCCACUACACGGCAAGCAACGAUGACAUCGUCAAGAGCAUGGGCUGGGACCUGUACAACCCCGCCCGCGAGUACCACCGCAUGGGCGUCCCCUGCGACUCGUGGGCGCCCACCGCCCUCAAUCACAACUAUGAGAUCUGCGACACGUACCCUCAGGAGCUCUUCGUCCCUGCCUCCGCGCCCACGAAGGUCAUCCUCAGCAGUUCCAAGUUUAGGAGCAAGGGCCGCUUCCCCGUCCUCUCUUACCUUCACAAAAACCAGGCAGCGUUGUGUCGCUCCUCGCAGCCUCUCUCCGGGUUUAGUGCUCGGUGCGAGGAGGAUGAGGAGCUGUUGGACUGCAUCCUCCACUCCAACCCAAACUCUUCACACAUGAUUGUUGUGGACACAAGACCUAAGAUCAAUGCCAUGGCUAACCGUGCGGCUGGAAAAGGUUAUGAGAAUGAGGCCUAUUACGAAAACAUCAAAUUCCACUUCUCUGGGAUAGAAAACAUUCAUGUCAUGAGAGCUUCCCUUACCAAGCUUAUUGAGACAUGCCAGCUGGUUACCCCAUCGAUGAGUGGGUUCAUCGGGGGCGUGGAGUCGUCCGGGUGGCUGAAGCACGUGCGCUCUGUCCUGGAGACGGCAGCUUUUAUCACCAGUUCUAUGGUGGAAGGCGUCAGCGUCUUGGUGCAUUGCUCGGACGGCUGGGAUCGCACGGCCCAGACGUGCGCCCUCGCCCAGCUCAUGCUCGACCCCUAUUACCGCACGACCUCAAGGAUUCCAGGUGUGUUGUCGGGGUUGCCUAUACUCAUUGAGAAGGAGUGGUUGGCAUUUGGACACAAGUUUACUGACCGCUGCGGACACAUUCAGGGUGAUGGCAAGGAAGUGUCUCCAAUCUUCACACAGUUUCUUGAUUGUGUGUGGCAACUGCAACAGAUUCUGCCCUCUGCCUUUGAAUUCAAUGAAAGAUAUCUGCUUAUUCUUCAUGAUCAUGUUUACUCAGCUCAAUUCGGAACUUACAUUGGGAAUUGCCAGAAGGAUCGCAUUGAUCUAAGAUUGGCAGAAAGGACUUACUCACUCUGGGGUUACAUGAAGAUGCAUGAAAGCGAGUACAGGAACCCACUGUAUCGACGAGACUCAACUACAGAUGUCCUCAAAGUAAUUCUUUGCCCCCAGAGCAUCAGGUUCUGGCGUGGCAUGUACAACCGCUUUGAGAAUGGUGUGCAUCCACGAGAGCCCCUAGGCGACCUCUUGGCAGCAACAACGGAGCACACACAAGGGCUCACAGACCAGGCAGAGUUUCUUACAAAGCGCAUCACUUGGCUUAAGAGUGAGUUAGAACUGAAAAGUGGCCAUUCACAGAAGAAAGACACAGACAACCGGUUACUUGAAGAUGGAGCACAACAGAAUGGAGACGAAAAGGUCAAUCCCUUAGUGGGUGGUCUGAGUAUGCGAGAAGUCGAGGAGUCUCUGGUCUCCGUUGGUGCUCUGACUGUCAACAGUGCAGAUGCAGCUGUUACGCCUGAAAAACUUUCCCCAGGAUCAAACUUCAUUCAUCCAGCACAGAUCAUAGAGAGCGGCAAAAGGUUGUUGAACCAGUUGUCCACUUAUCAAUCUACGAGAAUUCUUUCACCUGAAAUCACUUCUGUAGCCCUGGAUUGGAAGACCUUCAGAAAUGUUCGAGAAUGUUCUUGUUCAACUCCCUUUGAUCACUUCAGUCGUAAGUACCACUGUUGGCGAUGUGGAGAAGUCUUCUGCACAAGAUGCAUUGACAAGAAGGCAGCGCUGCCUGGUCACUUGAGCCAGCAGCCUGUACCCGUCUGCCGACCCUGCUACAAGGAUGUCACUCGUUCCAUCUCCGUUGACACCCCAUAG